CGAAGUUUCCUUCUUUGUCGAUCCCACAAUCCGAUAACUUUAGUCUCCCAGCUACCCUAUAUACAUCUUUGGCUCAAUUGGCCUGGCUGCAGGAUCAGCCCCUUGCCUACGGUGGUCAACGUGCGGUUUCCCAUUUCGCAUCUGCUAUCCGCCUCACCAAGGUUGAUAUCUCUGCAAAACAGCUUACUUUACUUCAAUUAUGUUGCCGUUGAUAUAGUUGAUUCAAUUUUCUCUGAAGAAAGACCCCUUCUUUUCUUUUCCCCUGCUUAAGAAGCCUCCUGAUGGAUUUGGAAAGCUUUGCAGAUAUCCUGUUUCCCAAACUCUUGUUAGAGUGAACUGGUCAUGUCUGAGCCAGUCAAUGAUGGCAUUGAACGACUUACAACCCUCCCCCACAUGGCAAUUUCUGCUGUAGAUGGCGCAAACGUAGAUGAUGGGAAUGAUGCUAUGGCAAAAAGUCCCAGGAAGGUGGACAGUUGCUGUUCCAAUGUCGUUACCCCAGCAGUAAAGGGUGCAACUGUUUCUUUGCGAAGCAAGAGUGAGGCAGAUGCGCUCGAUGAUGGCCACCGGUGGCGCAAGUAUGGGCAAAAAGCAGGGUCGAGAAGUCAUCCCAAGAGUUACUUCAAGUGUUCAUAUGUGGGAUGCUCGGUGAAAAAGCGUGUAGAGAGGGAUCCAGAUGAUCCUGAAUUUGUUAUUACUACAUAUAAAGGCACACACAAUCACAACGUUGUUACACCUUCAGCGAAGACUAGCAGCAGUCAUGGAAGUACAGCGCGUGUGGUUGAUGGUGACUCCGUCUGUAUUGGAUCGGAUAAUAGUGGCAUAAACCUUGUGAGCGAUUUAUCAAGGAUUAGUUCGGUGAAAAGUGGCAUUACAACAGAAGAGGAAGAAUAUGGUCAUGAUGUUACCUUCGGCAGAUGUUACAGGAAGAUGGAUACUAGGAGUUCUGAUGUAACCCCAGCAGUCAAGCCCGAAGUUGUCACUUUCCGAACCAAGAGUAAGAUUGAUGUAGUGGAUGAUGGUUACCGUUGGCGCAAGUAUGGCUUGAAAUCGGUGCUGGGAAGUCCUCAUCCCAGGGCUUACUACAAGUGCACGCAUGCUGGAUGCCAUGCUAGAAAGACCGUGUGUAGGGAUUCAGAUGAUCCUGAGUUUGUUACGACCACAGUUCAAAACACACAUAACCAUGUUACUGCAGCAACUUCAAGAGGUAAGACUACUACUAAUCAUGACAUUGCAUCGUCAGCAGCUAUGGGCAGUAUUGAAUGUGAAGAAAGUAGCUACAUUACUAGCCUCGGUUUUGGGAACAAUAUGAGUUCCACUGCUGCUGAGACUCGAUGCAAUAAGAACUUUGGGCUGAACACGAGUGACCCGUUGAGGUUUGACAUAAUAACUAGCCUUGAUCUUGGAAUUGGGAUGGAUUUUUUCGCUAUCGAUGAUUUGAGCGAUUCAUUUUACUCCUUCCCUGAAAGUGGAAUGAGUUUUACUUCUGGAAAUGGAAAGGCAAAUGCCAUGCCGUCACCUGCCAGUUACUUGAUGAGGAGUGGAGAGCAGAAUGACACAAUGGCCCUUGAGUUCCAACAGCAUCAAGAGCUUGAAAAAGUUGAUGAAGGAACAUUAGAAAUAGAAGAAUCAAGGCAGUUACAAUUUCAAUUUUCCAUGGCUUCACCCGAGAAGGAGCCUUAUCACUGUAAUGAUCUCAUGAAUACAGGAAACAUAUACCUUUCAAAGUCUCCCUCAUCAUUGUAUUCUUUUUGUGCACAAUACUUUGUGUCCAUUUUCUUGCCAUAUUGUAAAUAUCAACAGCUUUGGGACGGAGGGAUGCAGCUUUUGGUAAGCUUGAAGCAUCUAGAUUUGAAGCAUUCUGCUCUACGUUGGAUACCGGACCUAUCAAAGUCGCAGAAACUUGAGGAUUUGGAACUUGAAGGCUGCAUAAACCUGGUUGGGAUAUCCUCCAUCCAACAUCUUACCAAGCUUCAACAUCUCAACCUCAAGGGGUGUCAGAGUCUCAGAGGGCUUCCUAGUCUGAUGAAGCUGAAGUUCCUCAAAACACUUGAUCUCUCUCACUGCUCAAAUCUCAACAGACUUCCUCCAUCGCUUGGUUGCAUUUCUAGUCUCUGUGAACUGAAUCUCAGAAACUGUGAAAAACUUGACCGUCUCCCUCGCAGUGUUGUACAGUUGAUGACAUCCCUUGAAACUCUCAAUAUUUCUGGCUGCUCAAGUUUAUGGAAUUCCAUUACUGGCAUCCUCAUUAGCCACUCCUCUGAAGAUGCUUCUCCUGAACCACCACAACCUAUCACACUGGUGCAAGUGGAUGCUGUUGCAGCGACCAGAGCAAGUGCUGUAGAUUCACCGCCAUCAGAGGACCCGUCUUUGGAGUCGAGGGGAGAAAAAACUAUAAUAUUGGAGGAUUCUAAUGCUUUUACGAGAGAGAAAACUAUCCUAGCCAUAAACAAUGCAGUAAAUUAUGGAUUGGAAGAGGAGCAGGGUAAGAAUGCUGCUAUUAUACCAAAGAAAGAUCGACAACAAAUUUUGAACGAUGAAGAACAUGAAGACACAGAGAGUGUAGGGAAUGAGCCACUGAAGAUUGCUGAGGCCACUACAUCUGUUUGCUGUCAAGUGGAAGACUGCGGGGUUGAACUUAGCAGUGAAAAGAUUUACCACCAAAGAGUCCAGACUUGUCAGGUCCACUGUAACACUAAUACAGCAAUGGUGGGGAAGGUAGUUCGGCGAUUUUGCCAACUAUGUUCCAGGUUUCAUCUCAUUGAAGAAUAUGAUGAAGAGGAAAGAAUCUGCCGCAGUCGAUCAGCUAGAUAUCGUCAAAAGCGCGGUAGGCAGAGUACUACUACCACUGGUACAGACUUGGAGGAGAAAUUCCUGUUACUGAAAAGAACAAGAACAAUAACAAGCGACAAUACGAUUGCAUUAGCCGAGACUGUUAAGGAGUUUCUGAGCCUUUCAUUGGAAGAUUUGGCAGAAGCCAAUGCAGUUGGCAACUUCGAGCAUGCUGUUCUCGCUAUGAUUGAGCAGUCAUCGAGUUUGGAUGACAGGGCGACGAAGGAGAGUGUGUUGGUUUCUUUGGCAGAGUGGAAACAGAGUGUUCCCGAGAUAGUGAUGAGUAUGCAGAACGCUGAAGCUGAAUCAGCUGUCGCUUCUAGAGAAAUGAGAGAGAUGGAUGUGAGGUUGACUCGUGGAGAGCUACACCUAAGUUUGCUGGAUUUGGAACUGUCUUUGAUAUCGGAGGAGGAAGAGCAGAUUGAGGCUGAGAUCCAGCGUUUGAUGACCGAGAAGAAGAGAUAGGGGAUCAUUAUUGCAUUAUUAUACCAAUACAAACUGCAACGAUCACGAUAUGUAACAGUAGAGUGAAACAAGGUUUUUUCGAGAUUGGCAGUAAUCCUAUAGACGACCAGAAGAAGAGGAGUUCUUUGGUAAACCCAUCAUUCUUUUAUACAUGAAAGCUGGGUACACUUUAUUGGCCCAAAAGUUUGUUACUGUUUCAUUAUCUGUCGUUUAGUGUCCAACUUCAUACAGAAUUCCUCCCGCAAAAGCUUUGGUUGGCUUCCAAUAGAAAGCUCCUCUCCGACCUGGCAUUAUUGCCCGCUCCGACCCAACGUAACCUUACCUCUGCUCUGCUGCAACGAUCCAUCAGGCCACCAUGCUUUUCCCAUUAUGAUCAGACCACUCUACUGUACUUCUCCCUUUCACCUCCUCUUCGUAAAUGCUGGCGCACGUCAUCCCCCAUACCCCUUUGCACAACUGCUUGAACACGGCACCAGGCAUGCAUUGUACUGACCAGUCAACAACUUCACCAUUAUACACGGAAGAAGUGGUUCUUCUCUGGUUUCUGCCCUAUCACCUCAUUCUCACCUCCUACUGGAAUUGGAAUUGGAAUUUCGAAUUGGGAUUCUUUCUCUCUCUCUCUCUGUUCCCAUAUUCCACCCACUCUUAGUUCUUCUUCUUCCACCAGUUCUCUUUUGUGCUCUUACCUCUUCUGCCUGCCUUUGCCAAUGAAAUUCUUCCUCUGGCCAAAAUCAUGCAUUCGCUAUGCUCUCCUGAAGAUGGAGAUAAGGAUGCAUGUGGACAUUUGAGAGGACAGUGUUGUUGGCUCUCGGUGAGUCGUUUCAGAAAAUGGAGGAAGGAGUCCAUGGAGGAGGAGGCGGCAGCGGAGGAGGAUUAGGAAUAGGAGAGGGCAGCAGCGGAAGAUUGGGGGUGGAGGUAAAGACGAGGGUUUUCUUUGUCUCCGUAUCAGCACCAAGAUGUAUGUUUGCUCAUUCUAACCAGAGAUUUCAUUGUUCCGUUCCAAUUGAUGCUUUGCUUUUUGUUGCACCGCCGGUGAUCGCCAUUUAUCCUUCUUCUAGGAAGAAAAGAAGCUGAACCUGAGAAGGGGUGAAAAUAGCUCAAACACACGAAAGCGUUGUAUGAAGAUGAAGAAAGAAGAACUCGCUGGAGGCCAAAGCCGGAUCCAUCUGCAAUAAUUCCACUACUGCAGCUCAUCACAUGGGCAACAAAGUUCUACCCAUCAGCAGCAAAGGCAAUGCUGCAUUGCCUCCACGGUUUCCUCUUCGUCGGCAGAGGAAUAUGAGAAGAGAGACGCCAAACCAGUCAAAGGGGAUAGCAAGACCAAGGUCAUUUCCAGGAUGAAGGAGCUCAUUAGAUGCCUGCAGCUACCAAAUCUGAGAAGAAUGGGAAGUUCCUUGGCCACAAGGUAGCAUCUUUUUAAUGUAUGAACAUUUUGGCCAAAAAUUAUGUUUUGUGUAUGUGAUCUUUUUAUAUCUCUGCCAGGUUUCACCCCAAUUUUGAAACCGAGGAGCCCUGAAAGCAAUGCAACAGGAUUCAGACCUAAAGGGAAAAAAUGGUUCAGCUUGAGAUGGGAAGCUGAACGCAGCUCCACUUGCUCGACAGUGUCGUGACUUCUUGCCCAGUCCAGGUACGGUCAAAGACAUAAAGGCAACUAGAUCGCCACGGAUUCAGACUGUGAGCGUUUAUGUACAUACAUAUAUACUUAUUGUUUCAUUCAUGUUUCUCUUCAUCCAGAGAAUUUGAACAACCUUCAUUUGACAGUUGUGGCAUUGCAGCUUUGAACAAGGCUGGAAGGAGGCAUUAGAGGAGUAUCCAUUGAUCAACGGUUUAAAUGAAUGGCAUUCCAAAUG